AUGAAUCAAUUAGCUCAAGAGCUCAUCACUACCAUCUCCUCAGCUUCCUCAGGAUCGUCAGGAUCAAUAUCAGACCGUACAGCCGAACGUAUCGUGAGACGGUCGAUGAAUGGAGGAGCCAAGAAAGCAUGGUAUGAAAUCCAUGAUUCUCUCAAUAGUCUUAUUCGGACUACUCAAAUUCGGGUGGAGCUGGACUUAUCGGACGCACUGAUUAAAUCUCUGUCAGUAUUGGAUUCUCAUCGUAAGAGAGAGAUGGGUUUCGGAGAUGAUUUACCUAUCAAAAUGUCAAACCUUCCUCAACAUAUCCAAUUCUUACUCAAUCUCGCAUCCCUACCAACAAAACAAACACAUGAAUUCGCUCAUUCUUAUUUACACCGUACAAAUGACACUGGACCGUCACCUGAUGAAAUGCUUUAUCAGGAGAUCAUGUCGGAACCCUUUGACGAUCCGUAUGGCGGAGUGGAGGAAGAAGAGAUACCUGGAUGGACGGAUAGCGAGAGUGAAACAGAAGAGGAAUUUGAAGAAUCUGGAGAAGAGGAGAUUAUUCUCACUCCUCAAAGUACAAUACAAAGUGGGAAGCUUGUAUGUCAGGAGAGGCAAGAAGAGUCAGAGAAGAGGAUGAGAGAAGCCAAACGGAGAUUAGAGGAACUCAAGGUGAGUGCGUAUUGGGAGAGAGGGGGGAAAGAAAUUAAGUUGUUGGAAGAUGGGAUAUAUGGAUGGAGAGAUUUGACAACUCUAUCCCUCACCGCAACGGUUGAAGACGGAAUAACGAAAGCUGUAACUUGUCGUCAGUUUCAGAGAGAACUACUCUACGGUUUAUCUGGUAGACCUGGAAUCUUCUACACGUUCUCUGAUGACGGACAUUGCAAUAUCUCGGAUGACCAUCCUCAAGUCACUACAUUCUCAUCUGUUGGACUAAGAAGUAUAUUGAAAUCUUUCCAGAGUCGAUUCACCGAUCUAGCCACUAUUCGAGCGUUUGUCAAAACCACUCCACUACCUCCUUCAUCAUCCGUAUCGACCUCACAUAAGACUCAUAAACACAUUUCUGCCAAUUCCACUAAGACAAUACAAGCUUUUACCGAUUCAUGUCGACGUAUCGUACAAGGUAUCGAUCUCUGGAUUGCGGAACAAGAACGUUUAUUCAUUCUAGGAUGUUCUACACCACUCUCGACCUCACCUCUUCAGCUCAAAUUCCAAUUCGAAUCUGAUUUCAGUGGAAUUGUCGAUUAUCUACUCUUAUUCCUUCCUUAUAUUCAUUCACCAAUUUUACUCCUCAAUACCAUACAUUCAGUCAUAGAAACCAUUCGUAUCCUCCCUCAUCCGAAAGGACUCUCAGAGUUGAGUUCUACCUUCGUAGAGACCGCUAAACCGAUGUGGGAAAUGUUAGGUGAUUGGCUUCGACAAGGAAUGCCCGUAUCUCUUUCUCUUCUUCCUUCAUCAGAAGAAGACUUAUCGACAGAUCUUGAGACUCGUGAGUUAGACCCGGAAUUCUUCAUCAAAAGAGAUAGAGAUGUUUCCUGGAUUGAUGAAGAUUUCUGGGAAAGUGGAUAUAUCAUUUCUGAAUGGCCUACAUGGCUAUCACAUGAAAAUACACAAGAAAUGAUAUUGGAAGCAGGUAAAGCUCGAGGGUUGUUGAAGUGUUUACAGACGGAUGUGGCAGAAUGGAAUGUCUGGAAACCUCUUUCUGAAGUGUUGGGAAUAAGUGAAAUCGGGAAAUCGGGAAUGAGAUCUAGUGUGGAGGAGAUAUUGGAGCAGGAAUUGAAGACGGAUUGUUUGAUUGCGACUUUUCAGUUGCGUAGAGUUUUAGAUGAGGAAUGUGGGUUGAAAGAGCACUUGGAAGCGAUAGAGGGUGUGGUGUUUAUGAGAGCUAUUGGGGUAAUGCAAGAAUGGAGUGAAUGGUUAUUUGAUCAAAUUCACUCAAAAAAGAAAUGGUCAGAUUCUCAAACCCUCACUUCUACUUUAAGAGAAACUUUGAAGCAUUCUUCCGGUGGAGGGAAUUGGCUCAAUCCUGCUGCUAUUCGAAUACAUCUCUCUGGUCGACUUGAAGGUGUCGUAGCUCCUAGUGUUUUGUCAGGUUUGAGGAUCACUUAUGAGGUGAGUUCAAGUUUGUCC